CUGUUGUUGCUGCCCAUUGCUCAGCUCCAAAAUCAUUCUCUUUCUGGUCCUGAUUCUUCCCACCGAUCCAUUUCUCACAUUGUUUUUAGGCUAAAUCUCUCUCAAAACCACCCUUUUUUCUCCCUUUCUGUUAUCACCUGGAUUUUUCUUUAUUGGGCAGUCUUUUCUAUUAUGAAAUCACCUUUUUAUUUAUUUUCUCUUCGAUUGAUUGACUGAAGAAAGAAACGUUUUGGGGCUUCAACACCUCCAUGGAUGCUCUGAUUCUAGCGUCCUCUACUGGGGGACUUUCUUUGUUCGCCUCUGGAAGGAGUAGCUGGAGGAGUAAUGAUUUGAAGGCUGUACAUUCUCCAAUCAUCGGGCCUAUAGGUUCUUCAAUAGGAGUGCAAGUGCCGGCAUGCAGUUCAGAUAACGCCGUAGGAAAGUUUUAUACUCUAAAGUUUCGCCGGCAUGUUAUCAAGCAUUAUGGUAGAGGUAUCCAGGAUACACCUACAGCCUUCCAGAAAAGUAAUACAAAGUUUCUGCCGAAUGCCACCUCUGAUCACCCACUUGAAUCAGAGCCAGCAGCUUAUCCCAAGAAUACUUGGAACUCUGUAAAAAAUGCAUUGGAUGCUUUUUACAGGUUUUCACGGCCUCACACAAUUAUAGGCACACAGGCACUCAGCAUUGUUUCAGUUUCUCUCCUUGCCAUUGAGAAGGUGUCGGAUGUUUCUUCCCUGUUCUUUACUGGGGUGUUGGAGGCUGUGGUUGCUGCACUUAUGAUGAAUAUUUAUAUUGUUGGUUUAAAUCAGUUGUCCGACAUUGAGAUAGACAAGGUUAACAAGCCUUAUCUUCCAUUGGCAUCAGGGGAAUAUUCUAUUUUUACUGGCAUCAUAAUUGUCACAUCCUUUUCCGUUAUGAGCUUUUGGCUUGGAUGGAUUGUUGGUUCAUGGCCAUUAUUUUGGGCUCUUUUAAUCAGUUUUGUGCUUGGGACUGCAUACUCAAUCAAUCUGCCACUAUUGAGAUGGAAAAGGUUUGCGUUAGUUGCAGCCAUGUGCAUCCUAGCUGUUCGAGCAGUGAUUGUUCAACUUGCUUUUUAUUUGCACAUACAGACCCAUGUAUUGAGCAGACCAGCUAUCAUUUCAAAGCCUCUAAUUUUUGCUACUGCAUUCAUGAGCUUCUUCUCAGUUGUUAUAGCAUUAUUUAAGGAUAUACCUGAUAUUGAAGGAGAUAAGAUAUUUGGAAUCAAAUCUUAUACAGUAUGUCUAGGUCAAAAACGGGUGUUUUGGACUUGUAUUUCACUUCUUGAAAUGGCUUAUGGUGUUUCUAUUUUGGUUGGAGCAACAUCUUCCUAUACCUGGAGCAAAGUCAUCACUGUUUUGGGUCAUUCCAUCUUGGCUUCAAUUUUAUGGAUCCGUGCCAAAUCUGUUGAUCUGAAGAGCAAAGCUGCAAUAACAUCAUGUUACAUGUUUAUUUGGAAGCUCUUUUAUGCAGAGUACCUUCUCAUACCACUUAUAAGGUGAGAGGCCUAAUUCAUUCCAAAAGUAGAGAAACAUAAGAUGCCAUCAAAAUUCAAGAGCCGCUAAUUUAUUCUUUGAAGAUAAAGAAAUGCAAAUCCAAGGAAUGUUGUUGGCAGAAUUGUGAGAUUCUGGAUGAUCUGCACACCAUUGUAUAAAUGUGAUCUUAUUUUGUAAGCAAUAGUAGCAUUGCUAAAAUUCAAUAAUGGCCAGAAAA